CGACAGUGCUCUUCACUGCCCACUUGUGAGCGGUAGUGGGCGCUCCGCUCCCAACCGAGACGAGGAGCCGCCCGAGACGAGGAGCCAUUACUCCCAAUCCCAGUCCCACCCCGCAUUGUUUCAAAUUUCUCGAAUCAGUCCUCGGGGCAGUCGCGCGGCCGCUGGCGAGGGGCGAUUUUGGUAAAAGAGGGGCGGCUCUGCUGCCACUUCGCCGGAGGUGGAGGUCGUGAGAGUAGAGGAGGAAGGAGGGAGGCGGAGCAGCGGUGGAGGCGUGAAGAGGCACCGGACAUGGACACCGCGCGGGGGAUCGCGUGCCUGCUCGUGGCGGUGAUCUGCCUGUCCUGCGCCGCCGCCGCCGCCGCGAGGUCGCCGUCUGCGAGGAUGCACAAGCACCUCAAGCGGCUCAACAAGCCGGCCGUCCAGAGCAUCGAGAGCCCAGAUGGCGACACCAUAGACUGUGUGCACAUCUCACACCAGCCAGCAUUUGAUCACCCGUAUCUCAGGAACCACACCAUUCAGAUGAGGCCGAACUAUUACCCGGAGGGCCUGUACGACGAAUCCCAGAGCAAUGUGGCCUCCAGCAGCAGCGACGAGAAGCCUAUGGUUCAGCUCUGGCACCAGAAUGGGAGGUGUCCGGAAGGCACCGUCCCAAUCAGGAGAACGAAGAAGAACGACCUGCUCAGGGCAAGCUCCAUGCGGCGGUACGGCAGGAAGCAUCACACCAUUGCGAACCCUAUGUCCGUCAAUCCCACCUUACUCAACGAGGGCGGCCAUCAACAUGCGAUAGCGUACGUUCAAGGCGACAAGUACUACGGCGCCAAGGCGACCAUCAAUGUCUGGGAGCCCAAGAUCGAGCAGCCUAACGAAUUCAGCUUGUCCCAGCUCUGGAUCUUGGGGGGGUCAUUUGGUGAGGAUCUUAACAGCAUCGAGGCUGGAUGGCAGGUUAGUCCGGACCUCUAUGGUGACAACAACACAAGGCUGUUCACGUACUGGACAAGUGAUGCAUACCAAGCAACGGGCUGCUACAACAUACUGUGUUCAGGGUUCGUUCAGAUUAACAGUGAGAUUGCCAUGGGAGCCAGCAUCUUCCCAACCUCAAGCUACUCUGGUUCCCAAUAUGAUGUCAGUAUACUGAUCUGGAAGGACCCAAAGGAGGGCAACUGGUGGAUGCAAUUUGGCAAGGAUUAUGUUCUUGGCUACUGGCCAUCUUUCCUCUUCUCCUACCUCGCUGACAGCGCUUCGAUGAUUGAGUGGGGCGGGGAGGUGGUGAACUCGCAGCCCGACGGCGUGCACACAUCAACGCAGAUGGGCAGCGGGCACUUCCCGGAAGAAGGUUUCAGCAAGUCGAGCUACUUCAAGAACAUACAGGUGGUGGACAGCACCAACAGCUUGAAAGCCCCGAAGGGUGUGGGCACAUUCACUGAGCAAUCAAACUGCUACGCCGUGCAGAACGGUAACAAUGGCGAUUGGGGCACGUAUUUCUACUAUGGAGGCCCUGGCAGGAGCUCAAACUGCCCCUAACAUGAACACCCUGAGAAUGUAGUACCCCAUCCGAGUCGGUUUUCUUUAGCCUAGAUAGUGUCAUCUGUCUUGUGAAUGGGUCGUGUGCUGAUUUCUAGUUUCUCUCUUUAGUUUCUUUUUCUUCUUUAGUGUCAGGCUUCUGAAGAGAAGCAUGGCAUGUGGUGGUGAUGCCAUUAUGGAGGCCUACCUCCUUUUCCUAUUUUUCACUUGUCUUUCUGAUUGUGGGCUAUGCUUUGUCGUCGCCUUUUUCUCCUCUGAAUGUCAGUGUGGCGCACCGAAAGGUGGAAUGGGCAGAAUUCAGAUUUAAUUCA